CGGACUGUAAGGUUGCCGUCGACGGAAAAAGGUGCCGUUAUCGCUUUCUUUUGCAACAAUUCACAGUUUUAUGACUUUUAUCGACCCUUCGUCCCUUCAUUCUUAACCCCAGUCCCCACCCCUGCCGUGCUCCUCCGCAUACGCUAUAGUCUACAGUUUACACAGAUAUGGCUAGGGAAAACAGCUGUUUGGCACGCGUCGCCGCAGGGGCGGCAGUCGGCGGUGCUGUUGGUGGCGCUGUAGGUGCUGUAUGGGGAACUUUUGAGGCUAUUAGAUACAAGGUUCCUGGGCUUUUGAAAAUCAGGCACAUUGGACAGACAACUGUCGGCAGUGCAGCAAUCUUUGGUCUUUUCCUGGGGGCAGGAAGCUUGAUACACUGUGGAAAGUCUUACUAGGCCUUUAUAAGUAGUUUAUGGUCAGGGAAAUGAACCACAUGCAUGGAUGGUUUGUAGUGUUCAAACAUUUUAUGCUGAAAAUGACUCUUGUCCUACUGAGGAUUGUUUUUCCAGUAUAGUUAGACUGCUGAAUUAUGGAUAUAAUUGAAGGAUAUGUUAUUUUGAUUUUCUUCAAUAAAAAUUUCUGUGAAGA